CACUAGUACAACACAGGGUGUUUGAACUUGGUCAUCAAUCUUUUAGUUUAAUAAAGUUGCAAAUAUUUGAUCAAUUGGGUACUUAUUUUUCACUGUCUUUUCUUCUAAAGGAUUUUGAAAGCUUCAGCUGCGUGUGGAAUGCUCCUUACUUAGAACGCUUGCUGUGCUUUCUCUUCAUCCAUCACGAAUAUAAGUGCUCCCAUUUAUUCAGAAGAAAUACAGUCCUAUAAAUUGGAAAGUUAGUUGAAACUCGUGUUUUUAGCGCUUGGUUCCUUGGGACGCCGCUCACGUUCUUUUCGAUCCCACACCUCUUCUCAUAUGUACAAGCAUUUUCCUUUAUUUUAUACGUGGUUUCUUUUAUAUUAUGGAAAUCCCAAAUGCUCAUACAGCUACAACCAACAAUCACCGUAAACAUCCUUCGAUCACUUUACUAGGUUUACGGUCUGAUAAUCAUUCGAAAGACUCUACUUCUCAUCAUUUAUCAAAAUUUGCCUAUAAGAAUUCCCUUAGUGCUUCACGACCUCUUUUACAGCAUCAGUAUUCCCAUAACAGUAAGAUCCUAUCGGAGGUAUUUCAAAACGCUAAACUCUCAAAAAAUACAUCAGUUAGUCCUACGAAUGUUAACCAAAAGGAGACUGAUUCUUCUAGUAUGUUAAAUACAAACAGAAAGCAACAGAACAAUCUUCUCGUUACAGCGAAUGCUGAUAAAAAGGCUACUGAAUCCAAAUCCGACAAUGCUUUGAUUAUGGAAAAGAACACAAAUAAGGUAGAAAACAGCAAAACAAUAAACUCUCCCUUAUGUCAAAAUCGGAGGAUUGUUUUAGAUAAGUUAGUCCAACCUGGACUAACGAACAAGCCAACAGGUUUAAAUGAAGCUGCAGUAGAUGUUGCAGGUAAAGAAGAAUCGGCAUCCUCUUUUAAGUCGAUUGUAAAAAGUCCUUUAGAAGAAAAACAUCGAGAAAAUAUCCCUUCACAAGCUCUUGGCGUUGACAAAGAACCCAAGGGUUACGCAAUGAAUGAACACCCUAUUUUGAAUUUACCAGCUAAUAACAAUCCGUCUACACCACCCUCUCACAAAAAUGGUCUAGGUGGUCCAAGAAGCUUGAAUGCCUCUACAGGCUCCGCAGCUUCUGGAAUAUUGGAGACAGGGAGGUUUGUACAACCGAUGUCAAAUCAGAACUCGAGAUUACAGCAUUCACCUUUUCGUGUCGAUUAUCACCGUACAAACGCUAACAAGGAUUCAUCAACCUUUCUGGGAAGAAAUAAUUUUUUUUCUAGAAGAGCUGUCUCUCCAAUGUCUGAAAUAGUUGGAAUGAAUGAUCUCUCCUCUAAUAUGGAUUUUUCCGACCUUCGCUCUGACGUGUGCUCUUAUGAAAGAAGUAUUCCCGUAGCAAGCAAAGUUGCUAGCUAUUCUUCAGCUUCAACUUUCAGGAGGUUACCAAGGGCACCAGGCUCUAAGGUUCAUACAGAGGGUCCCAAAUCACCUCUGCGUCCUCGGACUAAUUAUCGACCUCUUAAUCAUAACUCAAGGAGUGGCCCUGUUUCCUUUGAUAGAGUUCUAAAAGACGCAGAUUUAGUAAUGCAGAGUUUAGCCUCUCGACGACAACACAAAUCAGUACACGAGUCGAAGAGUCACCGAAGACUUCUGAAGGAUCUUCGGCCGUAUCCUCCGAAAUCUUUAAAAAAGCUAUCUGAACAUGAACGAGCACGGCUUACAGCAUAUGAAUUAGAGGAACUAAAAGACUUUUCUGAAAUUUACUUUAUAGGAUCUCGAAGCUGCGAAAAAGUGAGUAAAGAUAUAACCCCGGGGUGUACUGAUGAACUGGCCUUCGAUGAUUCAAAUGGUGACUACAAAGUCAACGUUGGUGAUCACUUAUUUUAUCGGUAUGAGAUUAUAGACAAAGUCGGUAAAGGUAGCUUUGGCGAAGUUUUGCGAUGUAUCGAUUACAAGUGUGGAAAAUUAGUUGCAAUUAAAGUCAUCCGAAAUCGUGUAAAAUGCUAUGAUCAAGCAUUAGUCGAAGCUGGAAUCCUCGAAAGGCUGACGAGGGAUGAGUCUUUCAGUGAGAGCAACAUUAUCCGGUACUUCGAUCAUUUCAACUUUAGAAAUCAUCUCUGUAUAGUGACAGAACUGUUGGGUGAAAAUCUUUUUGAAGUUAUAAGAGACAAUAACUAUAAAGGAUUUCCUCUUAUUAUUGUGAAGAGCUUCGCUGCUCAGUUACUAAAAGCUUUGAGCUUUCUUCAAAAACAACAAAUAAUACACUGCGAUCUAAAACCGGAAAAUUUGUUACUUUGUGAUCGCACAAAUGCAAGGAUCAAGUUGAUUGAUUUUGGUAGUAGUUGCAGGUAUAAUGAGAAAGUUUAUACCUACUUACAGUCGAGGUUUUAUCGUGCUCCUGAGAUUAUAUUAGGAAUGCCUUAUGGCAAGGAAAUCGAUAUCUGGAGUUUUGGUUGUAUAUUAGCAGAGUUGUACACCGGUAUACCUCUUUUUCCAGGUGCGAAUGAGACUGAACAGUUAGGUUACAUAAUGGAAGUUCUUGGAGUUCCGCCCAAAGAGUUAAUAACUGUUUCAACCAGAUCAAAACUUUAUUUUGGCUCUCAGGGACAGGCGCAUCCAAUAUAUAAUAAUCGAGGUCGUCCUCUGAUACCUUCAAGCAAAAGACUGGAUCAACUUACUCGAUGUAAAAACCUUUCUUUUCUGGACUUAAUUUCAAAAUGCUUACAGUGGGACCCGAAAAAACGAAUAACAAUUGAGACGGCUAUUCGACAUGAAUUUAUCAUAGGCAAUAUUACUGAAAACGUGCUACAAAGAACCCCCUUAAACAGUCCAAUUAAUAGCCCGAUUAAAGGUGCCAGCUCAAAAUUAAAAAAUCCUGUUUCUCAUUCCAGGGUUGCACAUCCCUUGCCUAAUCCUCCUUUGUUUCAUAAUCCGUAGGGCCGUUCCAUAUUUCUAGUGGACAUAAUUGGACAUAUUUAUUCUUACUUUUACUUGUUUACUCUAAUGGUCAUUACUUUUCCGUACGCUCUUUACGUUCUACCUCGCCCAUCGUUUGUAGGUUCUAAUCUUUUGAGUAUUCGAUACCUUUACAUAGGAUAUUAGAAUUCAGAGUUAAUGUUUUAAUUUACAAACUCGACGAUGUAUAGUGUGAUUUAUCGUUUGUAUUCUUUAGAAUAUUAAUUAAGACAAACAUCAGCAAAAUCCAUUUUGUAUAAAAAUAUAUCUUUUACUCGAUUGUUACUUGUUGCGAUUGUUAC